GAUCAUGUCAGUCUUCCCUCAGAAAAAAGGGAACGCAAGACAUUUCCUCUGUUCUUGGUGGGAUUGUUUUGAUUGAAACACUUCAUUUAACGAGGAAGUGUUGUUGGGCGUUUGCAGUGGUUGCGACUGUAAGUGUGCUGUAGAAGUUUACUGUACUUUAAUGUUAAAUAAAGACUCUGGUGUUAGCUUAACAUACGUUAUCAUAGCAUAAUGAGGCCCACGAUUGGUGUUUUUCAGAUGUCUCACUGUUUUAUUGUGAUAAUGUAGAUUUAAGUGAAGACCAUAGUGCAUUUUCAUGUAUGCUAGAAGAAGAAGAGACGAAAAUUACAGUACUCCGUUGAAGAAAAUGAAAACGUGUUUAAUGUAAGAAACUCAAAGAAACGCUCUAACAACGUAUUAAGGUAGUUUCUGCAACUUGACAAUGUCACUCAACCACUUACCUGGGAUGGAGACUUCGGCCGUCUCUGUUCUGAAGAGAGCCGUGGAGUUGGACCAGAGUUCACGCUUUCAGGAGUCUCUGGUGUGCUACCAGGAAGGGAUUCAACUACUCAUGGAUGUCCUUAAAGCUGUGAAGGAUGAUUCCAAGAAAGUGCAUUAUAGGGAGAAGAUCAAGAAGUAUAUGGACAGAGCUGAACAGAUUAAAGAACAUCUUAAUAAAGCAAAAGAGGAGGGAAAAUAUCACGAACAGAUCAAGAUAUCAGACAGUGACACAGGAUUUAGCUAUGAAGUCCUCUUCAAGCCAUAUAUCAAUGAGGGCCUGACAGAGGUUUGGGUGGAGGACCCUUAUAUUCGCCAUAUUCAUCAGCUCUACAACUUCCUGCGUUUCUGUGAAAUGCUGUUGAAGGCCCCCUGCAAAGUCAAGAAAAUCCACCUUCUGACCUCCCAAGAUGAUGGAGACAGUUCUGCUCAGCAGGUCAGUGCCCUCAGUGAAAUCAAGGAGUCGCUUCAGAGCCAAAGUGUAGCCCUAGACAUCCAGUACUCCUCCACCAUCCAUGACAGGGAAAUCAGGUUUGACAAUGGCUGGAUCAUAAAAAUUGGUCGAGGACUUGACUAUUUUAAAAAGCCUAAGGGUAGAUUCUCUGUUGGAUAUUGUGAUUAUGACUUGAGAGAGUGUCACGAGACCUCUGUGGAUGUCUUUCACACAAAGCACACUAAGACAAGUUAGAGCUGGAUAACUACUUUGUGCCCUCUUACUUUUCUCAUUUCUUAGUCUCAAGACUAAGUGCCUUCUCAUAACAAUGCUAAUGAAAUGGCAUGUUAUGUUCCGGCUGAGCUGCAGUGCUCACAAAAACAACUCACAACCAAGUUACACGGGAUACCAUUUUUUUUUUUUUCAUUUUGCUGCUGCUAUCAUGGACCAAAUGGGCCACGGUGAACCAAUGUGCACCACAUAAUGGCUUAAUGUACGGAUUUAUAUGUAAUAAUGUCUUAAUGGUUACAACGUUGUAUUGUGUUUUAAAUGCUUUUGAUAUCUGUUGAUCUUUGGAUACUAAGGUUUAAUUUUAAUAAACUAUUCAACUGUU